GAAUGCACCCACGUCUCUCACAAUCGGCAUCUCAGCUAGCUAGCUAGUUAGCUUAGCAUCGUUUACUCAGUGCUUUGACCAGCACUGGUUGCUGCCGGUACACCGCAGAAGGACCUGACACAAGGCUUUUUGGCUCCGCGUCUCAACUGUCUUCCAAAAGUCUCCGCGGACAGAAAGCUACUUAAGAUAUCAGCGAUGGCGGAUAAGGAAGCAGGAGCAUUUGAUGAUGCGGUUGAGGAGAGGGUGAUAAAUGAGGAGUACAAGAUCUGGAAGAAAAACACUCCCUUCCUGUAUGACCUGGUUAUGACCCACGCUUUGGAGUGGCCCAGCCUGACUGCUCAGUGGCUGCCUGAUGUCUCCAGGCCAGAGGGGAAGGAUUACAGUGUGCACCGGCUGGUGUUGGGCACUCACACAUCUGAUGAGCAGAAUCACCUGGUCAUUGCCAGCGUUCAGCUACCCAACGAUGAUGCCCAGUUUGAAGCCUCACAUUAUGACAGUGAGAAAGGAGAGUUUGGAGGCUUUGGCUCAGUGAGCGGCAAAAUUGAGAUAGAAAUCAAGAUCAACCAUGAAGGAGAGGUGAACCGGGCCCGCUACAUGCCCCAAAACCCCUGCAUCAUUGCCACCAAGACCCCCACCUCAGAGGUGCUGGUGUUUGACUACACCAAGCACCCCUCCAAGCCAGAUGCUUCUGGAGAGUGUCACCCUGAUCUGCGUCUCAGAGGCCAUCAGAAAGAAGGCUAUGGUCUCUCCUGGAAUCCAAAUCUGUCAGGCUCUCUCCUUAGUGCAUCAGAUGACCAUACAAUCUGUCUGUGGGACAUAAGUGCUGUGCCUAAAGAGGGGAAGAUAGUUGAAGCGAAGACCAUCUUCACCGGUCACACUGCUGUGGUGGAAGACGUCUCCUGGCACUUGCUUCACGAGUCACUCUUUGGAUCUGUAGCAGAUGACCAGAAACUAAUGAUUUGGGACACUCGCUCGAACAACACCUCCAAACCCAGCCAUGCAGUGGACGCCCACACAGCAGAGGUCAACUGUUUGUCAUUCAACCCUUACAGCGAGUUCAUCCUUGCCUCUGGCUCUGCAGACAAGACUGUGGCUCUUUGGGACCUGAGAAACCUGAAACUGAAGCUGCAUUCCUUUGAGUCACACAAGGAUGAGAUCUUCCAGGUUCAGUGGUCACCUCAUAACGAGACCAUACUGGCGUCCAGCGGAACAGACCGUCGCCUCAACGUCUGGGACCUCAGUAAAAUCGGAGAGGAGCAGUCGCCAGAGGAUGCAGAGGAUGGCCCACCUGAGCUACUGUUUAUCCAUGGAGGCCAUACAGCCAAGAUCUCUGACUUUUCCUGGAACCCCAACGAGCCCUGGGUCAUCUGCUCAGUGUCUGAAGACAACAUUAUGCAAGUCUGGCAGAUGGCUGAGAACAUCUACAACGAUGAAGACCCAGAGGGUUCGACAGACCCUGAAGCCACAGCAUAACUCCUCUUCCUGCUGUGUUUUAACCUACAACCUCAUCACACAAACUGCCAAACUGCCACCUCUCUACUUUCAUGCAGCUACUUCCUCCCAUCUUUCUUACUCUACUGAAGCUGUGGGACCCUGUAUGCUGUAAAUCACUGUAAAUACAAGACAGAAUAAUCAAGUCAGCUUUUUUUUUUGGAAUACUCACAGUGAAGAACUUUAACUGAGUAACUUAUUGCCUGAGGACUCUCACUCAUGCUUUUUGCGCGCUGCGUAUGAAAGAUAUAUUUUUGUAAUCAAAUUGGCUCUCCCUCGUACACUGAAAUGUUUUAGCAAACGCUUUUUCAUUUAUAAAUUCAGUACUUUCUGGAACUUAAGAUUGUGAUCAAACUGACAGCCCACAACAAGUGGUAAUUCAGAAUAAUUUGCUCUGGAAGGGUCUAAGCAGCUCCUUCUGCACACAUUGAAUGAUGCAGGAAAAAAAAAGGAAAAUGCAUUCCAGCCUUUCGACAAGACACAAAGCAUAGUGAGUUGCUCUGACUUUGAUAGAGGUUGUUCGGUCCUAAAAAUGCCUCAUGUUUCCCUGCUACAGUGUGAUCAUUACCUAAGUGUUUUGGACUCUGAUUUUCACACCAGCUGCGUCUGAAUGAAAUGACCAUUUUAAAAAUUUACAUUUUGAAGUUUCCAUUUGUGGUCCACAUCCCCUUCACCUUUGUCAUACAUUACUCCUUUAAAUGUUGUCGUGAUAUAGAUUAGUGGUUGGACUUUUUCUAUGUUCAAUAUUUUGUAACUGUACAGUGAGUCCAUUCUUAAUAAAAUGUGUUUCAUUGGUC